UCUUUCAUUGGGUGGUGCUUCCAUCAUUUGGCGGUUGAGGAGGAGCUAGCUGCAGAUGUUGUGGUCUAUCUAGCAGAAGUUGAAACACGGCACGAGUUGAUGCUUGCUCCACUGAAGACACGGCUCAACAUAGAUUAUAGCAAUGGAGAAUUACUUUGUGGAUUCAACGAUGGCAGUUUGAAAAAGGCUUAUCUUUCCCGUCACACUCCCACCUUCCUCUUUCUCUUGGUCUACACCCCUCUUUUCAUUUUGACCUGUAUUUUAUUGUUCUGCCAUUUCAACUGGUCUCAGUUUACGCUGCUGGUAGAACGUCUUUGUCAUUCCCAGUCACGUCCCUGUUCCCUCCACUGAGUCGAGGCUGAAGGCUGUAAAUCCUCCACAAUGGUUGCUGAGGGGGACUCAGCGUCUCAGGGCAGCGGUGUGCGGCUGAAGCAGGAGAUUUCCCUCCUCCAUGGGGUCUGUCUUAUAGUGGGAAAUAUGAUAGGAUCUGGUAUCUUCGUCUCACCUAAGGGGGUUCUUAAAUACACAGGCUCAUAUGGCCUGUCCCUGGUGGUGUGGGCCAUUGGAGGGAUAUUUUCUGUGUUUGGAGCGUUAUGCUAUGCUGAGCUAGGAACUACUAUCCGUAAAUCUGGAGCGUCCUACGCCUAUAUCCUGGAGGCUUUUGGAGGCUUAUUGGCUUUUAUUCGACUGUGGACGUCGUUGAUGAUAGUGGAGCCAGCCUGUCAGGCGGUGAUUGCUCUGACCUUUUCCAACUACCUGGUCCAGCCCUUCUACCCCACCUGCCCCUCCCCCUAUGUCGCCGUCCGACUCAUCGCUGCUGCCAUCAUAGGUCUGCUGACUUUUGUGAACUGUAUGAAAGUGAAAUGGGGAGCUAUUCUUCAGGUCGUCUCCACCGUAGCAAAGGUCCUAGCUCUAAUCGUCAUCAUCAUUACUGGCCUGGUUAAACUGGGACAAGGUUUUGACCAGAACUUUGAGGACUCCUUCAAAGGCUCCAAACUGGACCCUGGUGACAUGGCCUUGGCCCUCUACGCAGCACUUUACUCCUACUCAGGCUGGGACACACUCAACUUCAUCACAGAGGAGAUUAAAAACCCAGAGAGGAAUCUGCCUUUGUCCAUUGCUAUUUCCAUGCCCAUUGUCACUGUGAUCUACAUCUUGACCAACAUCGCUUACUACGUAGUCAUGGAUGCCGACCAAGUGCUCAGCAGUGAAGCUGUUGCUGUGACAUUUGCUGAUGAGGUGCUGGGCUGGGCUCGAUGGAUGAUCCCGCUGUCUGUGGCCAUUUCCUGCUACGGAGGGCUCAACUCCUCCAUCAUUGCUGCCUCCAGGUUGUUUUUUGUUGGUUCCAGAGAAGGCCAACUACCUAAUGUGCUGUGCAUGAUCCACAUCAAGCGAUUCACACCAAUCCCUGCGCUGCUUUUCAAUGGUGGCAUGUCUCUGUUAUACCUCUCUGUGCCUGACGUUUUCCAGUUGAUCAACUACUUCAGUUUCAACUACUGGUUGUUCAUCGGCCUGUCGAUAGCAAGCCAGAUCUACCUCCGCAUCAAAUUUCCCGAUAUGCACAGACCUGUUAAGCUGUCUUUGUUCUUCCCCAUCGUUUAUUGCUUGUGCAGCGUUUUCCUGGUAGUCGUUCCCCUCUACAGCGACACCAUCAACUCCCUGGUGGGAAUUUCUGUGGCGUUGUCUGGUGCACCGGUGUACUACUUGUGCAUCUACCUGCCAUCCAGCUCCCGACCAGCCUUCCUUAGUAAAAUACUUGAUAGGAUCUCUCUGUACACUCAGAAACUGUGCAUGUGCUGUGUGGCCUCGCCUGAUAUCGACCUGGAUAAUAUAGACCCGGAGAAGAUUGAAUGAUGGAGCAACAAAAGCCUUGUGUCAAAUGGAAUAUCGAGAAUGAACACAAAGGAAGCGUUGAGCUGUGGUCAAUCAGGAAAUAAAAUGAGGAUGACUUGAUGAAAUGAAGUAGAAACUGGAGAGGUGAGCUCUACACAUCUCUACUCCUCCUCUUCUCUCACAUAUGAGCCAUAAGGUGAAAGGACCAGGAUAUUACUCAGAAUGAAUAAGUACAACCCCCCCCCCCCCAAACAAAGAGCACUUACAGAUUAACUCAGUGAAACUUGAGCACAUUCACAUGCUUUACGCAGUGCAGUGUUGGCUGUGAAAUUCCCUCCACACGUGCCCAUGAACUGCAACACACACACACAAGAGCUGACCAAAAGCCUCAGGGUGAUGCUGCGACAAAUGGAAAUUAACAACCUGAUCCAGAAGGAAUUGACUCAGCAAACAUGCCCGAGGUGAUUUAUUCACAAACAGGAAGCUGCUGUAGAGAAAACCCAGGUGGAAGUGAAGGACCAUGCCUUGCAUGCGCUUCAUCACGUCUCACGUUAAUGUAGUGACUUACUAUAGCGCACGUGCAAACGAUGGGCCUCUGGUUCAAACCGUGUUACCCUUUUAAAAUAAUGCCUCACCUCCAAAAUGACCUUCUGUGUUUUGGAUGAAUCGCACUAUUUUACCUUUGACUUUUGAAGGAAACUUUAUAGUAUUUCAAUGUCUCCCAAAAAAAAAUCCUAAUAUAUUUCAAUAAAUUGGGGCUGCAUUUAUUUACCAUUAUAAUAAAGUUGGGAAGUAGUAAGCAAACCACUAAAAUAAUAUUGUCCAUGUUCUAUUGUUCUGCACGACUCUUGUGAGAGUUUGUAAACGGUUGGUUUUGAUAUAGUUGAGCUGUUUUUAAAUGCAGACCCAUUACUGAAAUUCACCAAGAAUUUCGGAUUCUUUGUUAGACAUGGAAAUAAGCAAGAAGUUUCUGAAAUAAUUCAAAGUAACAUUUGUGAGUUUUUAAAUGAUUUAUUAAACAUCACAGGAAAGUUAAUUCAGAGUGUGAUGUCCCCUUCAUAUUGAAAUCAUUGUAGUUGCUUUAAUUUUAUGAAAUAAAGAAUGAUUAAGUUAUUUAAAGGUAAAAAGCAAUGAUGAUAAGAAGUCGAAAAAUGAUUACAUGCAACCCCAAUCUACUGUACCAAUGAGGUGGCUCUAGUUUUUCAUUGGUUUGCAUCAACAUCACACAGGUCAUUUGUCAGUGUGUGGUACUGGUAAACAUAUUCCUGUUGGGAAAGCUUUUUUCUGUUUGUUUUUACAAACUGAUGCAUCAAUUGUAACCGUGUCAGACAACGUCCAAACACUUCUUCUUUGUUGACAGACCUCUAAAUACUGCAGUGAAUUUGCACAUCACAUUUUAUGUAGAACCUCUUUGAUCAUAGGAACACUUUACUUUGAUCUAUUACCACCCAGAUGAAGAUGCUUUGUAAUCAUUAGUUCAGAUAAAGGAAAUUAUUUACAAAAGCGCUUUUAUGUCUUGCAGUUCGAACGAGCUUGUUAAAAUGUGUAAUUUGACUAUGAUUAUAAAUCUGCAUCCUGUAUCUGUAAUGUCAAAUGUUUCCUUGCUCACCUUCAUCCUUUGAAUGCAUCUUCAGGGCUAUAUUUGAUUUCUGGUGCCUCCUAGUGGUAGCUAAUAUGAACUUCCAGGGACCAGCUAUAAGGGUGUCAUUCAAAAGUCCAUCUUAAUUUUUCAUGUUUCUGUUAUUGCUGUUACCAUCAUCUUUUCAUACAAACACACCGUAGUGAGAGGAAUGUAACCUUACCGUUACGGAUAGAAAAAGAAAUAAAUAUUUCACAUUGUUUCUCGUUAGGCUAACGUGCCUGCGUUACUCCUCUGGGUUAUGUCUCGGUAAACAAACCACGCUGCAUAAGUUAUGACCUUUCUCUUUUUUGCCCAUUUCGGUUUUGUAUCACAGAUGGGAUAUUUUAUUGUUAUUAUGCCUUGUGAAUAUAUCACCAACUUGGACCAUUUAUUCACCGUGCAUAGCCAAAGCUCUUAAACAGAUUAUGCUCACAGAGCCAGUAGCAAAAUGUCACUGCUUUGAAAAAUAUAUAGAUGUAGGUGGUUGAAUUAUAGGUAGAAACCAGUGAAACUUUAGUGUUUGUACUGUAGUUCCUAUAAACUCUCUGUGCCUUCUGUAAGUGUGGUCUGUAAAUGACCCCGUCUAUUUUUGAUAUUUUAAUGUAUCUCUUGCAUCUUAAGCACAAUCCUAUUUAUACAUUUCUGUAGGGUUUGCCAAAUGUUCUUCAGGUGGUAGAGCAGCUUCAAAUGUUGUGAAGUUCUGUAAAUUCUCAGCUGGAAAUAAUAAUCAGUCUUUGGAUUGAACAAUGUAUUGUGUCUACGCCACCAGCCAACAGAAGCACACACACAUGUUAAAUGUUGCUUUCUCUGGGGUCAUCUUUUAAACCAAACGUUUAUGUGUUAAGGAAACCAUACAUCUGCAGAAAAUACAGAAUAUUUUCAAUGUGAUUCAAUAAAUAAUAUCAUGUUGUGAUCUUGUAUACUCACGGUUCACAGGACUUGAAUGUUGCAGUAUUUUGGAUAUUUCAUUUGGUACCAAAAACAGAAUGUGUGUUUUCCAGUAGACGUUUGACACCGUUGUUUGUGAUAAGGGUGUGUUUUAAGUGUGUGCUAUAUUGACUGUUUAUUUAUUAUAUUCUGAACACAGGGUUAACCAAAUGGCAUGAGAUACUUUCCAGUUGAGGAAAGUCUUGUGAGAUAGGAAGGCGCUGUGUUUUCUUUGAAUAAAGGCAAGUACAGAA